AUGGAGCUGCCAUUCACCAAUCUAGAAAUAGCAUUUAUAUUACUGGCCUUCAUUAUCUUCUCACUGUUUUCCUUGGCAUCAAUCUAUAGUGAACCUGACCAACGCAAUGAUGGUGAGUAUGUGCAGCUAUACAUUUCACAUAUGUAA